AAAACAGGCAUAAAGAGGAACGAAUAAACGUUGGUUCCCUUUCACGAUUCAACACUUGUUCAAUUUCAUUGCGUUUGCGAUUCUUUUCUACAUAAAUUAAACAAAACCAACGCAUUCAAACUCAAUAAGUUAACAACUGUAAUCGUGAUCAUCAUAAAUAACAAAUAACUAAUGUGAGAAAAGAAUUGCCAAAACUGUAGUUUCCGAAGAAAAAAAUUUGCAACAAAGCAGACUGGGAAGAAAAAGCAAAAGCGGCUCCAAACCAACUAGCUUUGCAUAAUCUCAUACAUUUUUGGUCUGAAACUUACAAACAUCCAAGAGCCAGCAAUCACAAAAGGUGGUGGUGCGACGACGACGACGAGUACUGAGCAGCCAACACAAGUGCAAAAUAUUGUGAAUACAAACUCAACAUUGAGGAGCUGAUAAAUAAAACACAUAAGCAAUAUUAUUGUGCCCAGGCUGACAGAACAGCCAAUUGCAAAGACCAUCCCAAUUCAUAAAAAUAACUCAUCUCGGCAGCAACAGCAAAUUCUCAAUCUCACAUUCUUAUCACUGUUUGGGUUGGACCAAAGCAUUGUUAAACGCUCGCAACUCUAGCAAUGGUCAUGGAUGCGACUCAAUCGCAACAGCCUUCGCCGCAGUCGGUGGGACGUGAGUUUGUGCGUCAGUAUUAUACGCUGCUGAAUAAGGCGCCUAGUCACUUGCAUCGCUUCUACAACAACAACUCCUCGUUUAUUCACGGUGAAUCGACACUGGUUGUGGGUCAGCGUGAGAUACACAAUCGCAUACAGCAGCUGAAGUUCAACGAUUGCCAUGCGAAGAUUAGUCAGGUAGAUGCGCAGGCUACGCUCGGCAAUGGCGUCGUGGUGCAGGUAACCGGUGAGCUCUCCAACGAUGGCCAGCCCAUGCGCCGCUUCACCCAAACCUUUGUGCUGGCUGCUCAGUCGCCCAAGAAGUACUAUGUGCACAACGAUAUCUUUCGCUAUCAGGAUCUGUAUAUUGAGGACGAGCAGGAUGGCGAGUCGCGCUCCGAGAACGAUGAUGAGCACGAUGUGCAGGUGCAAGUGGUUGAUCAGGCCGUCCAGGUGGUUGGCGAUGCCGCUGGCGCUACACAGCCGCCGCAGCAGCAGCAGGUAGUGGUGCCUCAGCCGGUUGUCUCUGUGGCUGCGGGUGCUGCGCCGGCGCCACAGCCCAUUUUCUAUACUGUGCCAGCGGGCGCUGCCACUGGACGUCCCGUCGCGGUGCUGCCAGCAGCUCCACAGGCUGCAGCGUUGCCUUUGCCCGCGCAGUUCGCCAACCCGCCGCCACUUCAAAAUGGUGUUGUCUCGCACGAUGAGCUGCCACAACAGCAGGUGCCACCACCGCAGGCCUUGGUGCAGGCCAAUGUGUCGCCUCUGGUGCAGCAGCAGUCAAGUGGACCCGCAGCUGUUAUGCCCUCCAACGUUGGCAUUGUGCAGCCAGUGCCUGUGCAGGCAACUGCUAACUUCCAGCACUCGUCGCAUGGUGCGCCACCACCGCAGCUGCUGCAACAUCAGCAGCAGCCGCAGAGUCUGCCGCAGCAGCAGCCCUUGGAGCCCGAGGAGCCGUUGAACAACGAGCCAGCAAUUGGCCACAACAACAGGCAAAAGGCUCCGACUCCUGUGGAUGACUUCAAGACGAUUCAUGAGCAGCAGCAGCAGGAGAAGUACGAGGCCGCCAAGCAGCAACACAAUGAGCCUAAGACUUAUGCUAAUCUAUUUAAGUCAUCCUCAUCGUCGCCCAGUGUCUUCGUCAAUGCAGCGCUGCAGCAGCAGCAACAGUUGCAACAACAGCAGCAGCAGCAGCAGCAACAACAACAGCAGCAGCAGCAGCAAACGCCGCAUAAUGUAAACAACUACAACAACAAUUCAAAUUCAACUGGCGGCGGCGGCAAUACGGUUAGCUACUCAUCCACAGCUUCCAGCUCUUACAACAACAAUAAUAAUAACAACAAUGGCAACUCUAAUAACUCGCGCCUGGAUAACGGUGGUCCACUGCCGCAGCGCAACAAUUCCAUUAGAAACAAGGACUUUGAGCAACGUCGUCCUAGCAAUGCACAACAGUUCAACGAUAAUCAGCAGCUGUUCCUGGGCAAUAUACCACAUCAUGCCUCCGAGGAUGAGCUGCGUCAGAUCUUCUCGCGCUUCGGCAAUGUUGUGGAGCUGCGCAUUCUCUCCAAGAUACCCAGCAAAGUGAUGCCAGGCAUGCGCAGUCCACUGAACUACGGAUUUAUAACCUACGAUGAUGCCGAGGGCGUGCAAAAGUGUCUGCAGAAUUGCCCACUGUACUUCCCUGAGAAUGCGCCCGAUGCGCAGAAACUGAAUGUGGAGGAGAAGAAGCCACGCAUGCGCAACGACAUGCCACCACGUCAGCCCAUUGGUGGCAAUAAUAUGAACAACAUGGGACGCAAUAAUAUGCGCGCUGGCGGUGGCAACAACAAUGGACCACGCAUGGGCGGCAAUGGUGGCAGCAGCUUUGGCCAACGCAACGACAAUCGCAGCGGCGGCGGUGGCAAUCAGUCUAACGGACCGCUGCGCGGUGCCGGCAAUGGACAGAGCGGUGGUGGUGGUGCUGGCGGCGGCGGUGGCGUCAGCUAUGGACGUCGUUAAAGCCGUCGACAACCAAACAGAGCAGCAAUAACAAUAACAACAAGAGCAAACCCAACGUCAUCAAUUUCUUCCAUAUUGCAAUUAUCAAAAGCUCAUACACACAUACACACUCAUAAUUCAUACACACACACACACACACAUGCAAGCAAAGACGCCGAAGAAAUGAAAUGUACACUUAAACAGCAGCGCAGCAACGUUUUAAUUAUUUUUAAUAUUGAAACGUUGGCAACAUUAAUUGGACGACAGCCUGCUGCAACAAAAUAUUUUUUUUGGAUAACCCUUAAGUUAGGCUCGCUUAUGUGCAGUCCUUUUUUUCUAUAUAGCCAGCUCGUGCCAAAAAAAAUUUUAACAAAAUUCUUUGUACAUUUUCCUUGUAAUUCGAAUUGAGUUAAGUUGCAGCAAGUUGUCUAUAACACACACACCCACAUAUACACACGCCCAUGUCUAUUAUAAGUCUCAAACAUGCAGCCCACCAUCCAUCGUAAUACACAUGCACACACACACACACAUACACGCAACGCAAACACACUCACACAGUGUAACAGAUGUUAGUGUAAAUGUAAACUUUAAUUUCAACUGUCGUUUAAAUUAAUAAUUUUCAAAAUUUUAACUAUAAGUUAACAAGAAAAA